CGAGUGAGGGUCACGGCAGCUCCUCGUAAACUCUGCCAAUGUGAUGGUGAAAAGUGACUAAAUAGCUCCAGUGUGCUGACCUUAAUGGUGCUGUGACUAUGUGUUAAGGAAGACUGUGUGAAACUUCAAUUAACGAGGCAAGAUGGUGGAUCAGCAGCAAUUCUGUCUGCGGUGGAACAACCACGGGUCAACCCUGGUGGCCGUGUUUGAGAACCUUCUGGCCAGCGAGUCCUUAGUGGACGUCACCCUUUUUGCGGAAGGAAAGCUCUUCAAAGCCCACAAAGUAGUCUUAUCCGCGUGCUCGCCGUACUUCCAGACGUUGUUUGCUCAAACUAUAGAUAAGCACCCAAUUGUGAUAUUGAAGGAUGUCAAACAUGUCGAGCUCAAGGCCUUAUUGGACUACAUGUACCGCGGAGAAGUCAACGUGUCACAGGACCAGCUUGGACCGUUGAUAAAGACUGCCGAGUCCCUGAAGAUCAAGGGCCUCGCAGACGGUAGCAAUAAGGCUGAGGGAGGAGACACCAGGUCCUCGCACCCUGCCGGCCACGAUGUCCCCAAGACCGAAAAUUCCCUCGAUAGCAAGUCUGGCCGCUCAAGCCUGGAUAACUUCCCCACACCUCCAGUCUCUGUCCCCUCAGUGUUGUCUACGGUGCUGACCAUGCCUCCAGCACUCAGUUUGGCUUCCUCAACUCUGGUUCCUCCUAUAAAAUUACCCAACUUAGCGACGACAACGGUAACGGAUCCCACCCCCCGAGAAGACGGCGACUCGCCCCAUACAAAGCGAAGAAAGAGAAUGCGGCGGAAGUCGGGAGAAGGCGGGGAUAGCGGAGAUAGCGAUGGCAGGUCCUCAGGCUCACCAGGAGAUGGCAUCCAUCUACCACGUAUUCCAGCAACUAUAACGCCCAUUGCAGCUCUACAUCCUAACCGUGACCAGCACCAGCAGCACAAAAACCACUUAGAGUGAACAGUCCUUCGCCCGAAAACCUGGUCGGGUCGUCGAGAGGAGACAGCCACGUGGAUAUCCCUCGGUCGUCCCCUGCCAGUCGUCCGGACUCCGACCCCCGUUCGAGUAGCCCGAGUAAAGCCCUGUCACUCCUUGUACGACCAGACGAAAACAGCAGCGAUGCAAACCACCAGUCGGACGAUGAAUACGAAGAGAGGAACCAUGACCGUCCAAGCCAUGACCAGAUGCCUGACACGCCUGGGCCUUCCACCUCACGCCUCUUGACCGACGACGCUCCACACACACCAAGUUACAUGUGGCCGUACCCACCCGACACGUCAGCCAGCGAUGAGUCUUCUUUCCCCUCGCUAGAAAAUAAUCAAGAUUACUUGCGUGCUUAUAACCUUGUGAGAGCUGGUUUCCCUGGCCUGUUGCCCUCCCGGAUGUCUACAGACAUCCUGGCCCGUCCCCCUCCUAUUGGCCUUCCUCUACUCCUCAAAGGCCGAGAGAAAUCCAGCCCCAAAUCCAUGCUGGGUUACCCCUUCUCAGAAACUCCUAAACAGUUUGCGUGCGAGAAGUGUGGCCGCACUUAUGCAUCAACAGGUAACUUAAAACGGCACAAGAAGUACGAGUGUGGUGUUGAACCUCAGUUCUCCUGUCCAAUCUGCAAGAAAAAAUUCCAACACCGUCACAGUGUAAAGAUCCAUGUUUUCUCCACACAUCGUAAUGAGGCAGGUGAAGGUGGCCCAAAUGAUGCUCCUAAAGACUCUCCUGCUUUGUUCCCUACUUCUGAAGGAAUGGCUGCCGUUGGCUCUGGUCCCUGUAAAGAUGAGUUUUUCCCAAUCCCACAGGAAGCCAAUGCCCCAACAACACAAAAUCAAGAUGGGUAGAUCUUGACUGAUUGAGGCUAUGACAGAGUAGAAAAAUAAUUACAAAAGUAUUAUUUACCAGGACUGAUGUAUCCUAGAAUGUGCCUGAACACCCUGUGAUGCUCAGGGGUUAGAGAAAUGUAUCCAAAAGUUUUAUGUAAAUGAAUUUAACCUUCUGAGCAUUAUAAGGAUUCAGAUGUGAGAAUGAGGUGGGAGCCAGAACAUCUGGGGAAAGAAAAUCAAGCUUUCAGUGAAAUGUAUCCAAUAAACUAGAUUAUUUUUCUUGAUUUGGAGUGGUAAAUAGUAAGUUGUUAGUUAAUGAUUAUAAGCCGAAGAGUUCACACAGACUGGGGGAAUAUAUAUGUAUCCAGUAUGAUUUACUCAAGAAACCUCAUGCCUGUCUGUGAUGUAAUGUUGAAACAUGUGUUAUCUAUUGUUGAUUUCCUCAUAACAAUAUUGAUGGACAGCCAUUGUGAAAAUAUAAUGGAAAUGUGUGCCAGUUACCCCCUUUGUAUUUUGGUCUGUGUGUACUGUAUGAAUGCAUUGCCAAAGUGAAGUAUAGAAUAGGAAAACCAAUAAUAAGCUGUUUCAUUAUUAAAUAUUCAUUGAUUAGGGAAGCAUCAUCCCUUUAUGAAUAGUUGAUGCUCCCAUAUCCACAUUUCUCUACAUGCUUCACUCUUAGCAAUGCAUUUUGAUAAAUGUAUUAUAUGUGUAUGAUCAUCAGUUGUUGUCUGGUUGAGAGUGCUGUGGGAAGAGGUGACAUAUAGCACCAAGGAAGGCUCUAUAGCCAAAGGGAUGUUUGAGGCAUUAUUUAUCAUAAGUUGUUUCCACUUCCAUGUCGAUAUUUGCAAAGUAAUCAAGACCAACAAAUCAUUAUGCAAACACCCCACUGGUUAUGCUACUGGAAAAUGAAUACUACCCUGAUUUUUAAGCAGUAUGAACAUUUAAACAAAAAUAAUCAGAGUAUGACGGGCAGUACAGGACAGGAUUUUGAAAUUGUUUGACUAACCAAGAAAUAGAUGAAUUAAAGCAACGCAAGUGUUGCUGUGUCCAUUGCGCCAGUGGAUGACUCAGGGAUGAACUUUCAGCAUAAGAUGUGGACAUUAGUCCUGAUCUCUAAUAAUUUAUUUUAAGCUGGUAUGACAGAUAAUCUUUUGUGACCAAACUCAGGUAUAUAAGUACAAAUAAAGCAAUUGUCAGCUCAUUCCAUUAAGUAAAUUAUUAUAGCUGCUGAAGACUUUAUAGGCAUUUCAUUGUAGCACAUAACAUGAAUCCUUUCAUUGGAUUGAUAUUUUUCUGAUGCUAUGAUUUAAAAACUAGACAGAUUAUAAUUAUAAUAUAAUUACUUCAUAUUGGAGGUGCUGCUUGAUAGAUAGUUUUGUAUUCUUAGGGAUAAUGUAACAAUACAACUAACACAUGUUUUGAAAGACAGUGUAGUAGAUUCUCGGCAACUUAGUUCCUGCCACUCCUUAACCUGAUGGCUGCAGGUGUGCCUGGGCCACUUCUCAACCUGCUGAUCCUAGUCAGAUUGUGAAUCCUAGGGUGCCACUGCUUUUUAGAAAUAUUCUAUAUUUAUUAGUGGAGGAGUGGUGGCAUCCAACUCUAUAGUAAUGUUUGUAUCAUAACAUGAUUUAAGUAUUUGUUUAGGACUUCUGUCAGGUAGUUAGACAAUCAAGAGUUUGUUUGGUGGC